AUGUCCAUUCCUUCUCCUCUCCCGCUCUCUCCUUUCCCCUUGACUCUAUUUCUCUCCCAUUCUACCUCUGAUUGCGCAUCCUCAACCAGAGGGGAAAGGGGGUCAGAGACAGAGAGAGGGGAAGAGAAUGGGGAUUGGGAGAAGGAAGAGAAAAUGAGGAGGAGAAGGAAAGAAGGCACGAAGCAGGAAAAAGAAAGGAAAAAAGAGGAGUGGGAUGGUGGCAUUGGGUUUCUGAAGCUGCUGUCGAGAGUCUCUUUUGCGCCUCCCUAUCUAAUCCUCCUCCUCGAUUUCUUUCUUUUUUUCUUCUCUCUCAUUUUCACUUCUUUUCUUUCCUUGAUUCGCUGUUGUCCAGAUCUUACUCUUCGUGGCUCUCCGGCUCCAUUACUCUCCAUUGAUCAAGAUCUGCCUCUCCGUGGCUCUCCAGCUCCAUUACUCUCCGUUGAUCAAGAUUGGAAGGCAACAGUUGUUCGUCUCAUAUUUUAUGAGAAAAAGGUAGAGAAAAUUUUUAGUGCUUCUUCUCUCCCGCAUUCUCGUUCCUCAUGGUUUUCAUCUUCAAGGUCAAAGAACUCAGUAAACGUGGCAAAAAAGGUUAUUACCUUUUUGUCUGAUUUCAUGUUUUUAUCUUCAAGGUUAAAAGAACUCAUGCAAAUAUAAUGGAUUUUAAUGUCUUAAUAUCUGUUUUCCUUGCUGAAAAGUUUUUUAUGAUUUUUUCAAAAUUUCCCCUCGACUUAUUUCCUAAUCAUUCACUUCAAGUAGCACAACAUACUGGAUCUUAUAUUUGCAAAAUACCAAAACAAACAGGUAGCGUUUGUAUAAAUCUCCAUUUUUGAAUUUGUGAAAUAGAAGAAAAGAAAACGUGGUCUUCUUAUUUCUUGUACUUGCUGUGUGUUUUGAAGUUCAAUUGAAACUCAUGUGCUUGGAAAACUUUAGAAAUUAACAUUUUCAUUUUAUUUUAAAUAUUGUUGGGGUUGUCAAAUUGAAUUAAUUGAAGAAUCUUUAAAUAUGACACAUAUGCUCUUAUUUUCCAAAUGCUUAAAAAAUGCACUUUUUGAUUGAGUUUUUACUAAAUAGGGACAAAAGUAGGAUUUCACCUUGAAAAAAUGCAUAUGCAAUUAGAAUGUAUGAACAAAAUUAGUUUAGUGGUUCAUAUAUGCCUCAGCAAAAGUGUAAUGAAAAAAGAGUUUGAUCUCAAAUGAAGGGUCCGGACUUUCUCACCCACUGGUAAUUAGUUAAGCAAUGGAGGUAUGCAAGUGACCAGCAAAUUUAGUACUCAAUGAAUCGGUUAUUACUUUAUUUUUGGAGUUAAGAUUUUUUGUUACAAUCUGUUUCCAUCCAAGAGGUUUGCUAAUGUGUUGCUUGCUUAACUAGACUUCAUCCUCUAUAUAACAUUUUCUUGCCUUGAAUCAUAAAAGAAAUGAUAGCCGUAUUUUGUUUGGAAAGUGCUCUGCUUUCAAUGCUCUAUGCUUUUAAUUCAUGACCCUAAAUUGCCUCUUACCACUUCUAAAAAUUUUAACAUGAAAAUCUCAUUUAUAAUUGCAUCCAUGGCAAGCUUUCGGCUGCCAUGUUAUCAAUUCUUAUUCCGUUGAUCCCUAUGUCAUUGGUUUGAUAGACUACUAUUAUUUUAAACAUACCCUUUGACAUCACCAUACUUUUUAAUAACUUGGACUAGCAUGGAAAUAAUUACUAGGUAAUUCAGUUUUGGGUGUUUUAAAUCUGUAUUUGCUAAACAUGAUGUUCCCUGUAACAUUUUAGUAUGAUUAAGUUUGGAAAGUCUGAUUUUUAUAGCCAGUUUGUUGUACUUUGUGAAAUUGGAUUCAACUGAGAAAGAAGCCUAAACAGGUUAACGGACAACAAUUAAAUUUCGAAUUGCCAAUUGAAAGAUUCAAUGAGUGAAUGUUAAACAGAUUUUCAAUCUACCUUUAAGUUUUUCUACGAGAAAGAACUUAAUGGAAGGAAAUGUUACUUUUGAAGUAGAUUUGCUAAACUCUCUUGUAAAUUACAGUAGGAUGCAUAAUCCAUGCCAAAUAUGGCAUCUAGAUGUUCCAGUAGAAGAAGACCCCUCUACUUUGAGAGAAAAUGGUAUAGACUUCUUUGCAGGAUCUUAGAAUACAAUUAUUAUUUCUUCCACUUUUGUUUUUAGGCUGAGGCAUAUAUGCCAUAUUUGCCGCAUCUUCUUUCCAGGUAUCUUUUGUUUUGUAGCUACUGCAUUUCAAUUGUGUUGUUGCAGUUUGCAAGAAUUAUUAUGGCGCUCUUGAUUCUCAUUGGGCAAGAUCCAAGUAAUGAACUUUGCCACGAAUCCUUGAAAAUUACUUCUUAUGUAUGAUUUGUUUAUAGCCUUUCCAAUUACCAAUAACUUCAAUUCUUUGGCACUGCUUGGAUUAAAAACAAAAUUAGGUUAGCUUGAGAUAUGAAACAUUUCAGAUUUCGUCAUUGUUAGAUAAAUUUUAUAGGCAAACAUGAUUGGUCUUUUUUUUUUGUGUUAUUUAUGAGCAAUAAUUUGAUUUGGACAGCAAAUCAGAAAGUGUAAGCGCCCAUAUUUGAAACUAUUCAUUUUUGUUUCGUGUUAGGUAAUGGAUGAUAUUUUUGCACUAUAUUUAACCCACAAAUGCAGUCUAAUAUAGGUUGUCCUGCUAGGUUCAGCUCUUGAUUCACACAUCCAAUACGAUUUUAUCAAUAUGGACUGUGCUUAUUUAUUUAUUUUUUCCUUCUUCCUUUUGGGUUUUGGUUGCCAUAAUUAUCGACACUAUGUAUCUUUUGUUGUUUUUGUUGGAAUCCUCUAUUCGUAGGCUAGAAACAUGCACAAAACUAAACUUCUUCGAAAUGCUACAGCCUUAAGAAAUCCAGGAUUGGCAGGAGCAAAAGAACUCAGUAGAGACUCCUCUGGUUGUUGGAUGGAAGGCUAUAGUAGAAACAGUGCAAACUUGGGAAUUGCUAUCAAUAUUUUGGCUGAACUAUGGGGUUUUAGAGACGGAAUUAUGCUUGCUUUGGAGUUAAAUUUUCAAUUCCUAGAUAUUGAAGUUGACUGCCUUGACAUCAUAUCUCUAAUGAAAUCAAAUACUCUCAGUAAUCAUAAUAAUCAUUGUUUGCAAUAUAAUUGUUGAUUGCAGAGUCCUAUUGCGGUUGCAACAGGAAGUGAAUAGAUGUGUAGAUGGGCUAGCUAGAUUGGGAGGCAAGAUGGAAUGGCAUUUUGUAAUUUUGGUUUCCUAUCCUCAUGAACUACCUUUUGCUUUAGAUGAAGAUUUGAGGGGAAAUUUUUUUCCUCGUAAUACUUGUUUGGCUUGUACUUGGUGUUUUAUUUAAUCUAUUUGUACCCAAAAAACAGGAAAAUGUUCCAGAGCAUUUUUUUCCUUCUCCUAUGUGACUUGACCAAAACUAACCGUUAUAGGAGACAUCCGGUCUUUAAAAUUUCGAUGGAUGAGUAUAGUCCAGAAAGUACUACCAAGUACCAACCA